AUUUUAUUUGUUAAAAUGAGUGCACUAGGAUUAUUUUCGUUGUUUGUUACAUUAUCGAUAGCGGUUUUGAAUUUUGUAACGGCAGAGCCAGAAUUGUUCACUGCAGAUGAUGGUACCAAAUUUUUAAUUGAAAUGGAGCCAAAGUACAAUUGGUUUGAAGCUGUACAUGAAUGUGGUCGCCGUGGCUAUCAAUUGGUUGAGGUGCACGAUGGUGAUAAGCAUAAUACCCUGCUGAAGUCUCUGAACACAUAUUUAGGUAAAUCUACUGAUCUGUGGUUGGGAGCCAACGACCAAUUCAAUGAUGAUCGGGAUUUGAAGAGGCCCUUUUAUUGGACUUUCUCUGGCAAACGCAUGACAUUCUCAAAUUGGUCCAAUGAUAAUCCCAACAACGACGGAGGCCAGGAGCAUUGUGUACAUACAUGGGAGAAGGCAGACAAUUUUGGUUGGAAUGACAUAGUAUGCACCUAUAAAAUGGGCUAUGUGUGUGAGGAAAGGCCAAAAAAUUGUUAAUAGAUGGUUAAAAAUAACAAAAAAAAAAAAAACAACAAAAAA